UAAUACGAUUAAUUAAUCAGACGCAUAUUCUUAUUCGCAAUGGAAGCAAACAAUCGCUGGCAUCGGGAAUGAGAUUACUCAGUCUCGGGGAAUAAGAUCGCCAUCGUCCGUAGCAUUAUCGCUUUCUCCCUCCACCUAACGGCCUGAUUUCUUCGCCGGCGACCAUCCGGCGAUCGGUUGAAAAAGCUGUUUGCACUUCUUGUGAUUUGGUUCCUCCAGAAAUGGCUGCUGGAAGUAGCAGCCAACAAAACUUCAGAAAAGCUAUUGGAGCUAUUAAAGACUCUACAUCAGUUGGCCUGGCCAAAGUCAAUAGUGAAUACAAGGAUUUGAAUGUUUCUAUCCUCAAAGCCACAAACCAUGUCGAAGUCUUGCCGAAAGAGAAGCAUGUCCGAAUUAUUCUUGGUGCAGUUUCUGGUUCAAGGCCUCGAGCAGAUGUUUCUUUCUGUAUACAUGCACUCACAAAGCGCCUGGCAAAAACACGUACUUGGGUGGUUGCAUUGAAAACAUUGAUCGUCAUACAUCGUGCAUUGAGGGAAGUUGAUCAUUCAUUUUGCGAGGAAUUAAUUUUCCACAACAAAGGCAGAGGUCAUUUGUUGAACUUACUGCAUUUCAAGGAUGACUCGAGCCCUAGUGCAUGGGAUUAUUCCGCUUGGAUUCGUUCAUAUGCUCUAUAUAUCGAGGAGUGCCUGGAAUGUUUUCGUGUGCUGAAAUACGAUUUUUACAGGGAUCACUCGAGAACAAAGAAGCUCGACACGCCUGCUUUGUUCGAGCAGCUACCUGCUUUGCAGAACCUUCUCUUUCGGCUUCUUGGUUGCGAGGUCGCAGCAGAAAGCGUGAGGCUUUAUGUGGCCAUAACAGACGGAGUACUAAUGUUGGUUGACAAGAUGCAACGGCGAGAUGCUGUCAGAGCACUUGAAAUCUAUCGAAAGUCAGGGGAACAAGCCAACAGGUUAUCUGAGUUCUUUGAGAUGUGCCGGGGCCUCGAGUUUGGGCGAAGACAGAAGUAUGUCAAAAUCGAACAGCCCCCUCCAUCGUUUUUACAAUCCAUGGAAGAGUAUAUAAAAGAUGCCCCACAGACGCUAAUGCUACCCUGGACAAGUGAUGAUGACAUGCCAAAAUUGAUUGCUGCGCCUUCCGAGCAUACAUUGGAGGCUGAUCCAAAGGAAGCCACAGCAGAAGCGCCAUCCAAUGAGAACACAGAAACUAACAAGACUGAUAAAGAUGUGCCAUUGAUUCCUGAUCUAUUGAGCUGGGAUGAGCCAAGUCAAGAAACAUCUGAACCGGGUGCUGCAAGUACUCUUCCUCUUUCACUUGCUACACCAGAAGGCGUUCUGGACCUCACUUUGAACACAGAGCUGUCAAGUGAAUCCACUGGCUGGGAGCUUGCACUGGUGACAACACCGGCUUCAACAUCAGCUGCACAAAAUAAGGUAGAUCAAUCUGUAUGGAAAUGGGCUUGAAUUUUUGUUCAUUUUAAUCUAAUGGAAACUCGGAAAUAUCUAUAUUCUGAUUUGACUUCGUUCAUUAGUAAAUUCAAAUGCUUAAAAAAUCAAUACAAAUAAUAAGAAAAUACAUAAUUUUUUUUAAUCUGA